CUGCUCUCGUGACACCACCAACACACCACCACAAUGGCCAAGUCGCUCCGCUCCAAGACCAAGCUCGCGGCCCGCAGGCGCAAGGCCCACGAGUCGCACUACGCCGUCGCGAACGCUGCCCGCACGGCGCGUAUCUCGGCCAAGCUGCUCAACAAGGACGGCGGCGAGGAGCAAGACGCCGAGGGCGACGACAAGAUGGCCGAGGGCGGCGAGGAGGAGGACGCCGAGAUGGGCGAGGAGACCAAGAAGAUCUCGACCUCGGCCCCCCGCGAGUCCCGCCGCGAGCAGUGGCGCGAGAGCAAGGGCAUGGCCCCCCGUCCCAAGCUCAAGGGACAGAACAAGCUCGGCCGCCCCAUCUCCCGACACAAGGCCGGCAAGACCAAGCGCCGCCGCUAAGCCGCUCCCACAUCACCACCAUCACCGACGAGGAGCCUGCCAGCGCCAGCACCGACUCCAACUCCCCAGCUGCUAGACGACUGUUGUACGAGGACGACGAGGAGAUACCCCCAGGGAUCAUGGAUAACUAUGCAUACAGCC